UCGAGAAUUCAGAGCUUCUCAGGGUUUAGGGCUUCCAGAGAUCUUACGGCAAGGCCUGGUCAAGAUUUCGUUUUAAUCUCAACCUGAAAAGCAAAAGCUAGCCGAUGCAUACCCAAAUCGAUGUUUGAGCGUUUUACCGAAAGAGCAAUUAAGGUCAUUAUGCUGGCUAAAGAGGAAUCUCGGAGACUUGGCCAUAACUUUGUUGGGACUGAGCAGAUACUGCUAGGUCUAAUUGGGGAAGGGACUGGGAUCGCUGCAAAGGUUCUUAAAUCCAUGGGGAUCAAUCUUAAAGAUUCACGUGUGGAAGUGGAAAAGAUAAUUGGAAGAGGCAGUGGAUUUUGUGCACUGGAGAUUCCUUUAACUCCUCGAACAAAGCGUGUUCUGGAUUUGUCACUAGAGGAAGCUCGACAACUUGGGCAUAACUACAUUGGUUCAGAGCACCUUUUGCUUGGUCUACUUCGUGAAGGGGAGGGUAUUGCAGUUCGUGUCUUGGAGAUAUUGGGUGCAGGUCCUAGUAAUAUCCGGACACUGGUUAUACGUAUGGUCGGGGGAAACAAUGAAGUCACAUCAAGCGUUGGUGGAGGAAACAUCGGAAACAGAAUGGCAACACUAGAAGAGUAUGGGACUAACUUAACUAAAUUAGCAGAGGAGCAGGGUAAACUUGAUCCGGUUGUUGGAAGGCAGCCACAGAUCGAACGAGCGAUCCAGAUCUUGGCUCGAAGAACUAGGAACAACCCGUGUCUUAUUGGAGAACGUGGAGUUGGAAAGAGAGCAAUAGCGGAAGGACUUGCACAGCGAAUCCCUAGUGGUGAUGUUCCUGAAACAAUCAAGGGGAAGACGGUUAUAACCCUUGAUAAGGGUCUUCUAGUGGCUGGAACAAAAUACCGUGGAGAAUCCGAGGAAAGACUGAAGAAGCUUAUGGAGGAAAUCAGGCAAAGUGAAGACAUAAUUCUGUUUAUUGAUGAAAUGCACAUGCUCAUUGGUACAGGAGCCGCUGAAGGUGCGACCGAUGCUGCUAACAUCUUAAAGCCAGCUGUAGCAAGAGGUGAAUUGCAGUGUAUUGGUGCAACAACAUUGGAUGUGUACAGGAAGCACAUUGAGAAAGAUCCUGCAUUGGAGAGACGGUUUCAGCCUGUGAAGGUACCUGAACCAACUGUAGAAGAAGCUAUACAGAUCACUACUGCUUUAGCUAAAGGCAAAGAAGUGAGCAAAGCCGAUAAUGAAGCAGAGGAAGGAGGACCUACUGUUAAGGAAGCCGAUAAUCGGGCUGAGUAAGUGUUACUGAAUUGAGUCUCAUUUUAUUCGUAUUUGUAUUUUUAUCUCUUUGUUUAUGGAUAUUGAAUCAUUGAUUGAUCGGUAACCAUAGAGAAUUUCCCACAAAAAAUGACAAGAUUUGGUUAGAGUUCAAUGA